UCCCACUCAGCCAAACCAAUAUAAACAUUUGUGAACAGUGGGGACACUCCCCAGCUAACCAUCCUCGUUAGGGAACCUCGGACACUAACAGAGAUGGCUCAAACCGACAUUCAAAGUACAGCUUUCCAUGAGAUAGUGGAGCUAAACGUGGGCGGACAGGUGUAUGUGACCCGACUGGAAACUCUCACAGCGGUCCCCAACUCUCUCCUAUGGCUGAAGUUCACGCAGAGCUCCCCGGGCGCCCUGCCAAAAGACAGCAAGGGCCGCUUCUUUUUCGACCGGGACGGCUUUCUGUUCCGCUACAUUUUGGACUACUUGCGGGACUCUGAGCUUUUUCUGCCUGAGUUGUUCAAAGAGAGGAAGAGGCUGCAGAAAGAAGCGGACUUCUUCCAGCUGCCGGAGCUGUCGAGGCGCCUGGCAGCUGUCAGCAAAGACAGCUCGUACACUGAAGACGGAGUGGAGCCGGAGGAGGCUGAGCUCGCCAGCCCGGCCACCUCCUCCUUGGACAAAGCCCUGCGCUCUCCCGGGGCCAGCGCCGGCUACAUCACGGUCGGGUACAGAGGCAGCUACACUAUCGGGAGAGACAUCCAGGCUGAUGCCAAAUUCCGCAGGGUUGCCAGAAUAACCGUCUGCAGCAAGAUCUCUCUGGCUAAAGAGGUUUUUGGGGAAACCCUAAAUGAGAGCAGAGACCCCGACCGACCCCCUGACAGAUACACCUCCAGGUAUUACCUUAAGUACAACUUCUUGGAGCAGGCGUUUGACCGGCUGGCCGACGCUGGUUUCCACAUGGUGGCCUCCAACUCCACUGGGACCUGCUCAUACGCCACUAAUGACCCGGGGGAGGACAAAUUGUGGACCAGUUACACCGAGUAUAUUUUCUUCCGAUGAACUGACUGUCUGGUUACAGAAUCAGUGCAUUCAUGCUCAUGACUUAUUACAACAAACAGGGAACAACCAUUAAUUGUAAAACAUCUAUUAACCUUUCAAACUGGCAGUUUCACUCUGAUAGUUCAUGUUUUGUUUUUGUUUGAGUUCAGUUGGAUCAGGCUGCAGCCACAGUUAACUUUUCUGUCAUUUUGCCCUCUGUUCUGCAAGAGGCGGAAAAGGACUUACAAACUAAGACAUAAAUCUCAUUGGUUAGAGAGGAGCGAAGACAAAUAUGACUUUUUCGUGAUGCGUCACUGGGUUAUUUUUAUGGGCCUUUAGGCCUUAUGGCUUUCAACAGUCACAGAGGCCGUUUUGUUCUCUAAGUAGAUGACAAAGGGAUGGAGGGUCUCUCAGGGUGGCAGAAAUGUUAAGAGCUGGUUUCCUUGAUCCUCACUGAGCUGUGCUUGCUUGUCAUUGUGUUAUUUUAGAGAGGCUACUGAUGUUUUGCAGGCAUUAACAAGGACAGGUACUGUACUAUAUGCCUAAUGUUUGGUCUGGUUUUGACUUGCAGUCAUGUAUUUUCCUAAUAUCUCACGUCUUAAUUUGAAUUAUUUUGUAGUUAGGGUUAGGGUAUAUGAGUUUUUGGUAUGAUACUUUUAUUAUUUUGUUGUUUAGUUUGAUUAUAUUGACCACACAUUCCAGUAUCACAGAUUUUCAGAUAACACUUUUUUUUCACAGUGCUACAUUAUGUGCCAUCUAUGAUCUGUCAUCGUUUUCUGUUUAAUUAUGUUACAGCAAAUAAAGUGUGAGA